AUGGGGAGUACAUCUAAUCCAAUUUACUUACUGGGUCGAGAUGAAGCUGAGACUAAACGCCUCAAUAACCAGCAUCGCUUUCUCGUUGAUCUGUCCAACCUCCUUCACCCUUCUAUUCCAAGAAAUAUUUCAGCUGUCGCCGACUUGGGUACUGGUACAGGCAUCUGGCUCGAAGAUGUCGCCAACCUGCUUCCGAACAAAUCAGUCUACCUCCAUGGCUUCGAUAUCUCAUCAGCACAAUAUCCAAAAGGCCACCAGAUCCUACGACCUGGCCAAAAGCCAAUCCCACUAAGCGUCCAUGACGCACUACACCCAUUCCCAGCAGAGCACCAUGGCCGAUAUGACCUCGUACACAUCCGACUCUUAACAGCAGGCCUGAAACAAGCCGAUUACAGACGGGUACUCGCCAACGCGCGAGAUUUACUAAAACCAAACGGCUGGAUCCAAUGGGAAGAAGUCGACCACACGGCCUUCUGCACCGAUGCAGUUCCAGAGCUAGUAGCCAUCACCCGGCUGCGGGAAUCCGUGAUCGAAGCAAUGCUGAAACUAGGCCUGUGGCCAUUCGCUCCACAAUGUGUUUACGAUGAGGUCUCUGCGAACGGGUUCACCGAUGUCGUCCGUGAGACUUACACUACUGUUGGGAAGUACCAUAUGCGACCUAUCGCGCAGAAAUGGGUUACUGGUGUGAUGCGUGCACUGGUGCCUCCUUCGAUGGUUGUCACGGGUCAAGCUGAUGAUAUCGAUCAGGCGCGUCUGAUUGUUGAAGGGUUGGUUCGUGAGUUUGAGACUCAUUCAAUGGCAAUGGAAAUACAGGAUGUUCCGCCCAAAGGGCGAAGCAAAAUUCAGAUUACUGCAAUUAUGGUAGCGCUUGCACUAGCGAUGUUUAUCGCCGCGCUGGAUCAAACCAUCAUGGCUACAGCGAUCCCAACAAUCGCCGCGUAUUUCCACUCCUCUGCUGGGUAUACGUGGAUUGGUGGAGCAUACCUGCUCAGCUCCGCCGCCAGCGCAUGCAUCUGGGCUAAGCUUUCUGAUAUCUGGGGCCGGAAGCCUAUCUUGCUUUUGGCUGUUGCGUGGUUUUUCCUUAGCUCGAUUCUGUGCGCUGCUUCUACUAGUAUGCAGAUGUUGAUCGCGGGUCGGGCAUUGCAGGGUGUUGCUGGUGGCGGUUUGCUCCAGCUGGUUACCAUUAUUAUUUCAGAUUUGUUCAGUGUUAGACAUCGCAGUUUAUAUCUCGGUCUGAUGGAGGUCAUGUGGGCUUUUGCUGGCGGUGUUGGACCAUUGCUCGGUGGUGCAUUCAGCCAGUAUGUCACCUGGAGGUGGACUUACUGGAUCAACCUUCCAAUCUCUGGGGUGGCAUUCGUGCUCCUUUUCUUUUUCCUGGAUGUGCACAAUCCCCAGACCAAAAUCAUGGAUGGCGUCCGUGCCAUUGACUGGUUCGGCAGUCUCUCUGUUCUUGGCCUUACUCUCAUGCUUUUAUUGGGGCUGGACUUUGGUGGCGAGACAUUCGCUUGGAACUCACCGCAAGUGAUCUGUCUAAUUGUCUUUGGAUCUCUAUGUUCCUUGCUGUUCAUCUACAGCGAGAAGAAACUAGCCAAGUAUCCCUUGAUGCCUAUGGAUAUCUUCGCUCGAUUCUCUAACAUUGCUACCUUGCUGGUAGCAUUUGCGCAUGGUUUUGUCUUCAUCGCCGGGGAAUACUACAUCCCCCUCUACUUACAAUCCGUGCACGGCUCCUCACCAAUGGGAUCUGGUGUCCUCAUCCUCCCACUUGUCGUGAUGGAAGCAUUCUCUGGCAUGUUCGCCGGCGCCAUCAUCCAUCGUACGGGUCGAUACCUCGAACUCGUCUGGAUCGGCCUAGUCCUAAUGACCAUCGGGAACGGGCUGUACAUCAACCUCGGCGUGGGAUCAUCAGUCGGAGAGAUAGUCGGGUACCAGAUUCUCAGCGGUCUAGGCGCUGGAUUCCUCUUCCAAACACCCAUCAUCGCCAUCCAGGCCAUGGUCUCCCAAGAGGACACUGCCACUGCCACAGCAACAAUCGGCUUCAUCCGCAACAUGGCAACCGCGGCCUCCAUUGUGAUUGGUGGUGUUGUCUUCCAGAAUAGUAUGGGCCAGAAGCAGUCUAGCUUGUUGGCUUCUGGUAUGUCCCCCAGCAUGGCGGCUCAGAUGUCUGGGGAUUCGGCUGCUGCGAGUAUUGAGUCGAUUAAAUUCAUCACCGAUCCAGCGCAGUUGCUUGCUGUUAGGGAGGCUUUCGCUUGGAGUUUGAGGAAUAUGUGGAUUCUCUACACGUGCAUGUCUGCUGUUGGUGUCUUCUUUUCGGCUUUUAUCCUCAAGACUAAGCUGAAUAAAGAGCAUGUUGAGACUAAGACAGGACUGAAUGUCGAGAAAACCUGUCAUUGA